CCUUUCCAUUUUCAUUCAGGCAAUGCAAAGUGGUACCUUGAAGGGUCCUGAACGCCAUACAUACACACGUGUGCUGUGUGCCGUUACCAUGGCGGACUUACAGAUGAAGCUUCUCCGCAAGAAAAUUCAGAAAAGAAAUGAAAAGAACAAAGAGCGUAAUCUGGCCAAGAAAUUGGCACAAGACGGGGAGACUGUUAACUCAAACGGGCUAGAGGAGGAACAUUGUGAGGAACAAGCAAAUACUUAUAAGGCCGACAAGAAAAAACCGAAGAAGCAGAAUGAGGUGCCAGUGGAAGGGCUUACCACAGAGACAACGACACCGAAGAAGAAAAGGAGACUCAGUGACACUACUGAAUCAUCACCUAAGAAGAAAACCAAAACGGUGAAAGAAGAUGAAAAAGAGGAGGAAGAAGAAGAAGACGCAGUAGAUGAAGAUGGAGAACUGGGUAGUAACCAGUCAGAGGAAGCUGUGGAUGAUGGGGAAGAGAAUGAGGAAGAUCAACCUGAAUUACCAUCUGGCUUAACAGGAGCCUUUGAGGACACAUCGUUUGCUUCCCUUGCUGAGUUGGUGAGUGAGAACACACUGAAAGGGGUGAAGGAGAUGGGCUUCGAGCACAUGACUGAGAUCCAGCACAAGAGUAUGCGUCCCCUGCUGGAAGGAAGGGAUGUCCUGGCUGCAGCCAAGACAGGCAGUGGUAAAACCUUGGCCUUCCUCAUCCCAGCUAUAGAGCUCAUCUACAAGCUCAAGUUCAUGCCCCGGAAUGGUACUGGUGUAGUGAUCCUUUCACCCACACGUGAGCUGGCAAUGCAGACCUAUGGUGUGCUGAAGGAGCUCAUGACACACCAUGUGCACACGUAUGGUCUGAUCAUGGGGGGCAGCAAUCGCUCAGCUGAGGCCCAGAAACUGGCCAACGGGGUCAACAUCCUGGUGGCCACACCUGGUCGUCUGCUGGACCAUCUCCAGAACACCCCUGGGUUCAUGUUCAAGAACCUGCAGUGUCUGAUCAUUGAUGAGGCCGACCGCAUCCUGGAGGUGGGCUUCGAGGAGGAACUGAAGCAGAUCAUCAAACUGCUGCCCAAGAGGAGACAGACCAUGAUGUUUUCAGCCACUCAGACCCGUAAGGUGGAAGACUUGGCUCGCUUCUCCCUGAAGAAAGAGCCUCUCUAUGUCGGGGUAGACGACAACAAAGAGAAAGCUACUGUUGAUGGCCUGGAGCAGGGUUAUGUGGUGUGCCCGUCAGAGAAGCGUUUCCUGUUGCUCUUCACCUUCCUGAAGAAGAACCGCAAGAAGAAGCUGAUGGUCUUCUUCUCUUCCUGUAUGUCUGUGAAAUUCCACUAUGAGCUCCUCAACUACAUUGAUCUGCCCGUCAUGGCCAUCCAUGGCAAGCAGAAGCAGACCAAACGUACCAGUACCUUCUUUCAGUUUUGCAACGCCGAUUCUGGCAUCCUGCUGUGCACAGAUGUGGCAGCUCGAGGGCUGGACAUCCCUGAGGUGGACUGGAUCGUCCAGUAUGACCCUCCAGAUGACCCCAAGGAGUACAUUCACAGGGUGGGCAGAACAGCCCGAGGCAUCAAUGGAAGAGGCCACGCACUCCUCAUCCUGCGACCGGAGGAACUCGGCUUCCUUCGCUUCCUCAAACAGGCCAAGGUCCCGUUGAGUGAGUUUGAGUUUUCCUGGACUAAAAUCUCUGAUAUUCAGUCACAGUUGGAGAAGCUGAUUGAGAAGAACUACUACCUCCACAAGUCGGCUCAAGAGGCCUACAAGUCCUAUGUGAGGGCCUACGACAGCCAUUCGCUCAAACAGAUCUACAGCGUCAACACCCUCAAUCUCCCGAUGGUGGCGCUCUCAUUUGGCUUCAAAGUUCCUCCAUAUGUUGAUCUGAACGUCCACAGUGGUAAAGGUGCAAAGUUACAGAAGCGAGGUGGCGGCGGUGGGUUUGGCUACCAGAAGUCCAAGAACGUGCAGAAAUCCAGAAUCUUUAAGCAUGUCAACAAAGGAAAGAGCGACCGGAGACAGUUUUCUCGCUGAGCCUCGCAAAGUAAUUCUCGGCCUGGACUGAGUGGAACCGCCCUUUAUUGCAUUCACUUCCUGCUUUGAACGGGGCGCCCGGCCCCCGUCUCCCUCAGACAUGACUUCAGCCCAGUUUUUCAACAAAGUUGUGUGUAAGUAUUUUGUAAAUGUAAACAAAUAUGGUGUAGGUUUUGCAGAAGGCCAAGCUCCAUGUGCCCCACUGUCAAUGACCUGAUCAACAAAGAUUAAAUUUGUAUGACGUAUGAAAUGUACCAAGGAUGCCUCGUUAUGUUGACUUGUUGUAAAUGGGAAUUAUAAUGAAGAUGCAAACUCUGAA